AUUCCUCCAUGACCAAAAUAAACAUGAGCGAAGGGAACAAACCAAAGCAAAGAAACAAAAUUAUGGUGCUUGUGGCGCUAUCUGUUGGAUAGCGUUGGCGACGGCGGCCUGUGCUGCGCUGCUGUGACUAACAAAGUGUUCCGUGAAGCGUGUUUUCUGUUGCUUAACCCUGGUAACUAGGUCGUCUGUUCAUCUUGAAGUUCCUGAAGAGUACCAUGUGUAACAGCGAUUUUAUGGACGGCACUUCGUUGAUUUACCAUGUGAGUACGCGAUAUGAACCGCUGAUCUUCCGGCACAGAGGCAGUCGAAACAACCGUGAAGUGAAAAUCAUGAUAUAGCAGCAGCGUACAGUCAAAAUCGUUUGAAAUGGUAGAGCUGAGAAUCUUAGUCCUCUUCUGUGUUUGUUCGGGGCUGACGUUCGCGUGGGCACAGAAACCACCGAAACUGAGCCCCCUGCAACUACCCAAAGACCUUGUCGCUGGCACGGAUGUCCGCCUUACGUGCAAUGUAGUUGUUGGUGACACUCCCUUGGAGAUCCUGUGGUACCAGAAUGAGAAGCGACUUACUUCUUUGUCUUCUAUUGAGGAAGAGACUGGCACUCACUUGUCUACUUUGUCCUUUAAGCCGCUGAGUGAGGACCAUGGUGGAACAUACAAAUGCAUGGCUAGAAACGCUGCGGGUGUGGACAGUGCAUCAGUGGAGCUUGUAGUGAAUGUGGCGCCCCGAUGGAUAGUGGAACCAUCUGACGUGAAAGCUGCUGAAGGAAGCACAAUCAUUGUUAAUUGCCACGUGAAAGGUACCCCCGCACCGCGGAUCGCAUGGUCGCAUGACAAUGGAGGAAGAGUCACUCAGUUACAGGCAGCACCAGCUGGUGAAAAUUCUUCUGAUCGCCACAAACUUCUAUCAAAUGGCACGCUUCUAAUGCGGGAUGUCCAGAAGUCCGACUCUGGGAUGUACACAUGUAACGUGAACAAUGGAAUUGGUCCGGUGCUUAAGAAAGCCGUGGCUGUUACCGUGUACACAGUAGCUCAAGCACAAGUUUUGAUGCAACAUCUCACUGUGCAGUCCGGUCAUACUGCCAACCUCACUUGCAUUGCUACAGGUGAUCACCCAUUAGUGGUCACUUGGCUAAAGGGUGAUAAUUCAGUAACAGCCAACAGUCAACUUUAUGACAGAGUCCUUGUGUCCAAUGACACUCAGAAAGAACGACUGGUAUCUUCACUGAUACUAAAACAUGUAACAGCUGGCGAUGCAGGUCGUUACACGUGCAAAGUAAAAAAUGACUAUGCAGAAGACACCAAGGCAAUUCGACUAAAUGUCCAACAGCCGCCCUCUAACCCCACCGAGGUUGAAGUAUCGGAUGUGUGGAGUCGUAGUGCCAGAAUCCGCUGGAAGAGCCCUUCUAGUUCAUCUGUUUUGUCAUACCAAGUGCGCUUUUGGUCGCACCGAGACGACGAAAUGUUGAACCACACUGUCCGUGGUGGUGUCACCACGGCUCUUGUCCGAGACCUCCAUCCUGCAACUGAAUAUAGAGUAGCUGUUGUAGCAGUGAAUUCUGCAGGUACUAGUGAAUCUUCCCCUGUCAUUCGAUUUAACACAACGCAAGAAGAGCCAUCUGGUGCCCCGGUCAAUGUUCGUAUUGAAAAGUCUGGGGCGACUUUUGUACUCAUCACGUGGAGUCCUCCUCCAGAAAGUGAUUGGAACGGAAAGCUUCUUGGCUAUUACGUGGGGUACAGCAGCACAUCUGAGUCCUCCAGAAAGAGCCCUUUUUCUUACCACACUGUUGAUCCAGACCAAGGCAGCUUUACUCUGCGAGGUCUUGCAAAGGCCACACCUUAUGUGGUUGUGGUAAAAGCAUUUAAUGCAGUUGGAAGUGGUCCUCCAUCACCCCCCCUACCUGUGACCACCUUGGAUGGUGACUUUCCCCCAGCACCCAUACUCAGUGUCUCAGCUGUUGAUCAGACGUCUGUGCAAGUUACCUGGAUGUUCAGUGUACCAGUGCCGCAGAGGAUCACCGGGUACACUCUGCACUACCGACAGCCUGGCGAUUCCUGGAAAGAAGUAUUCGUAGCCUCAGGGAAGCAGUCCUCUUACCUUCUGUCAGGCCUCGAGCCUUCCCUGCCAUGCCAGGUGUAUUUGAUAGCCCACAGCCGGCAGGGCAACAGUGAGCCUAGUGAUGUGCUAAAUGUGCCGUUGACAGUAACAUCAGUUGCACAGCAGCCAGGCACGUCAGCUUCAUCAGACGCAGAGCUGCGAGAAGUGCUCUACGUAGUUGUGCCCAUUGUGACAGCCACAGCGCUGGCAGUAGUUCUGGUAGUAUCUGUCUGCUUCUGCUUGUAUGUGCGCAAGACGCGCCAACCGCCCCCACCCCCAGCCUAUGCAGAUUUUCCCCGAGACUCAGACUUUACUUUUGCAGUUCAUGGCAUGCCUCCUCCCCCUGGUAAGGCUACCCCUUACUCAACAAUGCAGAGGUCCACAGACAACGAGGGCAUUUAUGAAUCCAUUGUUGACAUGCGGACCUUGUCCUUACGCCGGAAACAGGCUGCCCAAAAUUCCCUAAGGAAAGGGUCUAUGGACUUGGUUGACGUGUGUGUUGUGUGAACAAUCAAUAUCUUUGAGAGAUGUAUUGCAUAGACUGUGUCAGCAGAACUUGCUAUGUUCAAAUUUUUUUAGGCAGGCCAACAAUAUGCAGUCCACAACUUAUGUGAUGUGUUUUGUGGUGUAUGCUUGAAAUGUUAAUUUUAAUUAUCUAUGCUUCACAUACAAAGCAAGCACUGGUCAUUCUGUUAUAAUUUGUGUGUGUAUAUGUGUGUGUGCGCAUGUAUAUUUUGGUGUGUGGUGUGAAUGGAAGGAAUACAAUAUGCUGUCACAGAUGAAAUUAUGUUAGUGCUAAUAUUUUCCACUAGCUGACGCUAUCAAUAGCUGACAGAGCAAACCUGUCACAGCAUUCUCCUUUUCAGGUAAAGAUGGGAAUUGAAGUUUAUCGAACACAGGAACACUUGCCACAUUGUAUUGCUGUGCUGUCUAAUGGCGUGCUAUUUUGGCAGCAAAUGUGCUGCCAUCCAACCCGCCGCGGUAACACACCGGCUACAGCUUUAUGCUGCUGAGCUCGAGGUUGCGGAUUCCAUCCUGGCCGCAACAGCCGUAUUUCGAUGGGGGAGAAAUGCAAGAAUGCUUGUGUACUGGUGUAUUGUGUGCACGUUAAAGAACCUAAGGUGGUCAAAAUUAACUUGGAGCCCCCCGCUACAGCAUGCAUCAUAAUCAGAUUGUGGUUUUGGCAUGUAAAACCCCAGAAUUCAUUAAAUUUUGCUGACAUCCUGAUCAGCAGUACGGUGACUGGAAAAUGGCGACUGUAAUCACACAUGGAUGCAGUUCAGCCAUCUGUUGUUCACUUAAAAGCAACAAUUUUUAUUCUUGCUGCCAUCAUGUGUUCUUUCAAGUGCUUCUAAUCUGUAUGGGUUAGCAGCAGGACUUCCUAUAUGGCAACAUACAUGUGUUGCACUUUGUGGAAUUAUAGAGCUUAGAAGCAAGCUGUGAGUUCUUGACAUAAAGAAUAUAAAGCGAGCAAUUUAUGAUCAAUAUCUUGAUAAAGAGCGCACCCUCUUCUUGACACGGCUUUUCAAGAUGACUACUUUUUCUUGCGUGACUAAAUCCUUGUUCAUGCUACACAUACUUGAAGUGCUCCACUUUUUAUGUGACUGGCAGCCCACAUUUCAGGUCAGUGAUUUAACAGAAUGUGUUAUAUGUUGGCUCUCAUCUCUAGUCCAUUUCAUACUUGGUGUGCAACGCUGUGGAAGCUACGCUGAAAGUUCAGCUAUAAAAAUAUAUCACUCUUCGCGUUUCAUGGGGAAGUAUCGUGGUCACACAUGCUUGCAUGAGCUGCGCGAGCCCACACAUGAGGCUGGCGCAAAGGCCUGCUAAUGAAAAACCCGAAAAAACUAAGGAAAAAAGCAAAAUGAUAAAACAACGCAUUAACAGCCAUAUAACACAGUUUGUUCUUUUUUAAGGAUUGAAGCUUUCUUCAUUGAGAACUGAGCCGAAAUAACUGCUGGCAAUAAACACCAAACUAUUUCUUGUUGCAAGCGCAGCUACUGCAAGAAGUCUUCCUAGCCUCCACAGCGUUGCACACUAUGUAUGAAACGGUGUAUAGGCCAUCUCGUGACGAAGCACCGUGCUGCCAUAUGGCUAGCGAUGCUAUUUGGCAAUGCUCUUCUUUGAACCUUAAAUACUCUUCCCAUCAGUACUAAAGAAAUGCGACUGAAAGUGUCAUUCUACAGCAAGCUUUGGCCAGAUUUUAUUUUUAUUUUUCUUGCUGUUCCGCACUCUUUUUACAAUCUACAAUCGCUAAUGCUUAAAUAGCACUUGGUCCUCGCAGUAAAUGCAGCAUGCAUUAUCAUGCUGGGAAUGUGACUGGAACUGAUUCGACGCGACUUAACAUCGCAUCAGAAGGCCAUGCAAGCGCUACUGCGCUUCUUGAAAUCAACCGGCCUGUGUGAACGUCUGUGAUCGGAACGCCUUUUCUGUUACCUAUUCCUGUGUGUUUUUGUUUUUUUCACUCUCUCUCUCUCUCUCUCUCUAUGCCCUCUUUCUAACCCCUAUAUCCCCCACCCCAGUGCAGGGUAGCAAACCAGAAACUCGCUUUUGGUUAACCUUCCUGCCUUUCUCUCUGACUGGAACUGAUUGUGUUCUAUAGUAUUCAUGGACUGAAAUUGUUCUGUGCUAUUCAUUGAUAGUCAUGGGGGGCUUGGUGUGCUUCACAUAAUUUUUAUGCAACAUGCAAGAUAGGCAAUUUUUUUUUCUUUUGGAACUCAUUGCACAACAAAGGUUUUUAUCUGCUGCAGUAAUGAAGCCUUCAAUGAGCUUACAUCAAGGUGUAACAUUUUGGGUUGACUUUUUUUAGGCAUUCCAUUGAAUGGUGUACUCUGGAGAAAUUUUUUUUUUCUUUUUUUUACAGACCAAAUAUCUGUUAUAUCACACACAUGUCCAUAUACUGUCAUGUGAUUGUUCAAACCAAAGAAAAGAAAGUGUGUUGUGAAUUGUGCCCAAAAUGCGGGCUUGCUCGUUUUAAAGAAAUGUGAAAUGCUUAAAUGAAAUUUUGUUGGAUGACCAAUAACGUCUUGAAAAGAAAAUCGCUUGGAGCAUAACGCUUUACUUAACUGGGUGUUUACUUGAACUGCAGAAUUCACAUUGCUGUCUGUGUUGAUAAAGGUGGCAGUUUGGGCAAUGGUAAUCCGUGCUGUUCUUGAAAAAUUGUAAAAACUGCAAAGGGACUUGGAAAGGAGACAAAAAGUUUGUGUGUGCCUCCUUUCCUCGACCCUCUUUAGUUGCAUUAUUCUAUGUUCAAUGUGUCAGCAUUUUUGUUAUCUUGCAGUAGAUAAGGUUCUCAGUAGUACCUUCUAGCUGUGCAGAUUUAUAUUUAAUUAGUCAUACCCUGGGUGAUUGUUAUGCUUUUUAAUCUUGCUACGGAAAUAUUACAUGAGCUCUAAUUCAUAUUUUGUUAACUCUUAAGUUUUCACAUAUACACAAGCUGAUUCUUGCAGGUUUCAGAAUUUCACAGCUAAUGUAGCGAGUGCGCCUUGCAAACAAUGAAAGGCCUCUGCAAUGUGAUUAGAUUAUGUCUAGUACGACUGGACUGGGGCUCACAAGAUAACGAAGAAGACAGAGACAUGGCACUGUCAUCUUAUGUCUUGCAAAUGUCGUCUUGUGUGCCCAUACUUAAGGGUACAAUUGACAAAUGUGAUGAGUGGCAUGUUAUUCACAUUUAUCCCUAGUUACUCAGAUUAUGCUUUCUUUUAUUUUGUGAGCAUGCACUUAGCUAAUUAAGAUCAGAUAAAUUUUCAAACAUUGUUAGGGCAUAAGUUGUCAUUGAAAAAGCUGUAGAGCAUCUUCGGAAACACCCCAUAAAAUCUCCAUGAGGCUCUUUCUUAAGUGGUACCUUUUGCUGGGUGCUGAAGAAAAGCCAUGAGACGUGAAAAGAUUGUCUCUACUCAUUAACAUCCCUGGAAUGCAGCAAGUGUAUUUUCAAAAAAGUAUGCCCACACAUUGGCCACCAAAAAAUGCAUAGCAGGGUGUUUUGAUCAGCUUUCAGUGCUGGCCCACCACUUAUCAUUUGCAAAAAUGGUGGCAGCUUUUUGUUUUCACAAUAAAGAUGGUGACAUGGCUCACACUGAGUGCCAGGGCCGAUAGCUCUUUUGUGAUGAGCAUGCAUGCUUCGGUUUUGGGAAACAUGAUUGAGAGCACUGCAAUCCAUGCAUGUAAGUGCAUAGCGAGAUCAUUUUAUCAUAUUUUGCUGGCUUUCUUCAGAGCCUAGGAAAAAGACUACAUAAAAGAAAACAUAGUGGAAGCAACUUCAUUGGGUGUUUCUGACCGUGUUGAGAACUUUUGCACAAAAUUAAUACUUAAAAGUUUACGUAAUUGAUUUUACUUAAGCAACUAAGCUCACUACAAAAAAAUAUUUAGAGUAACUCAAGACGGCUGCAAAUUAUAUGUAAUUGCUCAUAGUCACCCACGGUGUAACACAUUUUUUUUUUUUUCUUUGGUUCAGGUGGCAUGAAACACCCAGCAUAUUUCACAAAGUGCUUCAUUAUCGUAAAAUGAUUAUUUAUUUGUAAGGGUUGCAUUGAGACACACUGAAAUUAUGACGAUUCUAGUGCAGUAAUGCAGUGUUGAAAUUCUUUAAAUGUUGAGCAAAAGCUAAUGAGAAGUUUUGGCUGUUUCACUGCUUUAGAAAUAACUUGGAGAACUUCUCUUUUAUUUGGAACAUAAAUUUUUUUACAAUAGUUUUAGAAGUACGAUACUGUACUGUGCGUUCACAAGUAAUAGUUCAGAGAACACAGGUGCCAUGAAAAAAAAAAAAAAAACAAUUUUCUUGCAGUCUAAGCAUGCAACAUGAAAUGUAGCAGUACAACUCGCAUGGACAGGUCGAGAACUGUAGUGCAUGUCUCAAUUCCAGUUUUCAUAGCGAAUUAAAGUUUUUGUUCUCCUGUGUUCUCAAAACUUUUGCUCGUGAUGGUGCCUUGUUAGGACAUUCUUCAUCUAGCCAUUUCUUGUUGCAUUGCAUUAAUAUUUAUGAGUGAAAUAUGAAAAAGAAAAAUCACCACUGUUAUGUGAGUGCUUGCAUGCUGUCACCUACUGCCUUUAGAUUUUUUCUCCCUUUUCGCUGGGGAUGGAAUCACAUUCCUCAUUUUACUACCACUUUACUAGGGGCAUAUUGGAUGAGAUCUACUCUCAGCACCAGAAACUUUGGAGGAGGGAGGGGGGGGGGGAGCACAAGAGCCUCAGAAAAACUUAAUUUUCCCACAACCUGGCCACAAAGCUUGGGAUUUAAACGUUAUGUCUGUGUUAGUAUGUCUGACUUAACAAAGUGCACCUCAAGGUUCCUGGCAUUCUGCUCAGGCUGUAAGAAAAUAUUUUUCUGCCUCCCGUGCCCCAUUUUGGUGCCAGUAGCAAAUUAUCUGACAAUCCAUAAAUUUUCAGUUAUCUUAUAGUGCUGCUGACACCACUGCUCAAAGUGUGAGCUAUGGUUAAGUGCUCUUUUGUUGCUUCUUUGCCUCUCUGGGACUAACUUUCGCAUUAACAGUAUGAACAAAAAUUGGAUCGUUAAGGAAGCUUGGCAUUAUUAACAUUUCUUACAGGCUCUACUAGAAGAUUUGGCAUCACUUUUCAAAGCCACGGCUAGCUGUGGUAAAAAGAUGUUGGAUAAACAUGAACGUAAUGUGGGAAGGAUUUCUUCGGGAAGGAAGAAGCAGUACGAUUAUCUGAAAAUUACCUGUUUCAUUAUGUUUGAGCUUCUCUGACUUGCUACAGAGCUGGAAAUAUCUUGAACUAUCAUCACUUACGGGCUGUCAGAAAGAUCUCGUGGAAAAUUGAAGGCUGCUGCAAGUGAUCUUUCUUUAUUAUCCUGUAAUUCAUAACAAAUAAGGACACAUGAAUAAAGUAUCUAUUGUCUUGCAUGGGAGAAUUUGAGAUCUUGCAUUGAAAACUUAAAUGAUUCCUAUUUACAGCACACUUGCACUAAUACACCGAGUGACCUACAUUCAGCAAAUUUUAAAUUUAGUUACAGAACACUGGUAUCAUAUACAUAAGCAAAAGAAACGUGAAAAAUUGGCCCAGCCGUCGUAGCUCAGCGGCUGUGGCGUUCUGCUUCUGAGUAUGAGGUCAUUGGUUCAAUUCCCGGGCACAGUGACUGGAUAUCAAUGUAAACGAAAGGCAAAAACAUUCGUGCAGUUAGAUUUAUGUGCACAUUUAAGAACUUCAGAUGAUUGAAAUUAAUACGGAGCCCUCCACUACAACUUCUCUUAUAACCCCACUGUUGCUUUGGCACAUUAAACCCCAUGAAUAAAUCCACCAAAUAUUUGAAUGCUGCUAUAACAUGCUGUCAAAUCGCAAAUUAUGUAUUGUCCCAGCUUUCAAAAUUUAUCUAGAAGUUCAGUCCUGGGUACAGUGGUACGUGGCCACACGUGCCAUACACAGUAGGCAAGCAGUUUUUUCACCUCUAAGAGCACAAGCAGCCACACAUAGCUGAGCAUAAUUUGGGUGGUUAAUAUUGUGAAGCACUUGUUUCGAAGUGUGAAGAGUAAUAAUGACCAUUUGACACAUUUGAAAAUUUUACAGCGGCAUUUUUUUUUUAUUGUGCACCCAUGGUUAUAGAAGUAACUGUGAUGAAUGAUACAUUUAGAUAGGCAAGAGGAUUAGCCACAUGCUAGUGACCGCUUUUAUAAAGUGCAACUUGAGCCGCGUGUAUGUGUGUAAUCUCACUUGCUCAACAUGAAUGAAAGGUGAUGGUCAUGCCUUUGGUCUCGACGUAGUCUCAACAAUCACUUAGUUAUUGGAGCUUACUGAAACUUCUGUGAAAGUGUUUAUAUUUCUCACAUGCUUACAGAGACAGUGAUGACUUGCAUUUUACAAGUGUAUCUGAGUGCCAACUUGUCAGUGUGGCCUUGCACACCUUCAACACCUGCCAGCAUUAGAAUUUUCUUGUGUAUUAAAAAUGCAUGCUGCUGAAGCUUCUAGUUCAAGGGUCACGAACUCGCAUCAGGCAUCAGACCGUGCACAUGACAAAUAGCUUCCCAUAGGCUGCCAUAUGACAUUUGGCAGAGGAGUUGUGAAGCUAAGGUAACUUUGUGUGGGGUUAAACGAACACUCAGAAAAGCGACAUAGGCUGCAAACAAGUUUUCUACGAGCCUCAUGCAACCUUGCAGGCCCCAUAUUUUGAGACCCCUAUCAAGGUGGUUUUGCAUUCAAUCAUUAUGUACUACGACAGUAUGGUUUGCAUUCAUGAAUUAUAUUUUGACACAGUUGUAGGUAAAUAUUGGGAUUUAUGUCAACUGCAAGUUAAAAAUAUCUCGACUGAAGCCACCUCAUAGCUGCAGGCUAGUCUGGAGGGGUUCCAGUCGUGAAUGGUAUAACAUAACUGUUGUGCUGAAAUACAGCCACAGCAGUGGUAUUGGAGCAGCACUUACCCUGAAAUCGUAUAAGCCGUUACUCAGUAUAGACAAGCAGCAUAAUGUGACACUGAAUGUGCGGUGACAUUGCCUUCAGGUUUGGCAUGACCUUUUGUCAAUGUAGACAAAGAUGACUGUUCCCAUUGAGUAAUGUGCAUACAUAAGCUUCAAGAUCUAUUUAAUGCGUUUACCACUAACUUCUAUUUGUAUUCAUUUUCUCAGAGAUCACAUUCCAAGUGACUGAUAGCAAAGAAGUAGAUCAGUGUGAGUAUUACAUUCUUUUGUCUACACCCCUGCCAUACCUAACCAGGCAAUCUUCUUUCUGCAUACAUACUAGCAUGCAUAUUGGCUGCAAGUUGUGAUACAGUGAAGGAAUGUCAGUUGGGUCCAUAUUGUUGCUGGUUUUGUAUGUGCCUGCUUAAUAUUUUAUGAACGUAAGCUGUAGCAGCGCACUUAUUUUUGGAAGGCGAAGAUGGAUGUAGGGAAUGGGAAGAAUCAUCUGAACUGUGAGUCUCAGUUGGAGUAUAUGCUCAAAAUUUUUGUUUCUUGCUUCCCCCUUUAUUAGGUAGUUUCCAAGUGUAAUAAUGAUGUGCGGCCUCGAUUCCUAUAGUCUAAAACAAAUGUGUUAAAUGUUAUUGCAAUGAGUUCAAAACAUGCGCUAUGUAUAAUGCGGCUUUGAGACUAAAGCAGGCUUUAGGACUAGUUUAUUACAUAGCUGGUGCUUCGAACAUGGAGUGAACCCUUGCAUCAUCUGUCCCUUCUGGUGGCCAUUCUCGAUCUGCAUGAAAUAUCAGGUAUCUUGAAUUGAGGCAUGUGGGAAGAAAUGGCUUGGCACCACAGGAGGUGGCUUAAUGCAUAAAGCUUUCAGCAACAUGGUGUCGCCUGAUGCCAUUACACACGGUUGUUUACAAGAAGGCUGCCACGUUUUGUAUACAUUAGCGAUUUGGGCUGUCAUAAGGUCUGUACAUGAACUGUGAUGUCGGUGGAGGGGGCAGGCGCGGAUCAUGGGAAUCUUGGUGUUAAAGAGUUGGACAUUUGUCACAUGCUGAAGCAACUCGAAUGGUAAUUAAUAGCCUGGACGGCAAUUUUGUGUCUGUAUGCCUUUAGUGACCGAUAUCUUAUGAUGUUGGACCUUCUUGCUGCUAUGAAAUAGACACCUUUAAGUCAAGCUAACUCACUGGUGUAGCUGUAUGCUAGUGGAAUGGCAGAACAGCCAAUUUGAGCCCCAUAUGUGUACAUGCCUUGUUCAUUUUAUAACAUGGGCCAUAUUGAUUUGGUUUUGAUGAUGGAAUUCAACUGUGGAGGACUAGCUUUUGCAUUCAGAACUUUAGUAUAAUCUGAAAAAUGGCCAAAGCUGCCAGUAGAAAUAUUUUGGCAUAAGAGCAGUUUGAGGGAGCUUAAUUAUAAUUGUGUAAAGAAUUCAUUACAUACAAAAUAUAUUUAUGCAGAGUUUGUCAGUAGGUCACUAUAGUUAUGUAAAUAUAGGGACGUUAAACUGCACUUUAUGAAGGUGUGCUUAGCCACAUUAAGAUUACACAAUGAGUGGAAGCAAUUAAGCUUCAGUAUAUAGCAUUCUAGUUGCACUGUAGUACUCUGUCAAGUGCAUAGUAUAUAUUUAGGCAUUGAAAACAACUGAAACCUUUGAUGGUUUUUCAGUGAAUGUGUGCAUCUAAUGUGUUUUGCUGUGUAUUUAUCACAGUUUUGUUGAAAACUACUGAGUUUAUGUGUGGGGUGACAAUAGUUAAGUGAGAAUUUAAUAGAAAUAUUACUAUUAGGCACUAAUUGUCAGGCUUCACAUUUUUGCGUGGUUUUCUUUAUAGUGCUUUAUAAUUUGGCAGUUUUAACACAUUCCUAUCUGUUGCUGCACAGGUUGCGUAACAUUUAGAAGGGAAUUCAGCAAAAAAAUAUUAGCCAAGAUUAUGCGAUUUGCUUAGCUCUUUGAUUCCUUGACCUAUAAUGGAUCAGCUUAACAAACAGAUGUACAAUUCGUUUGAGGACUAUAAGUAGGGUUCAGCGUUAUCGUUCUGAUUUUUUUUUUCAGAUGAACUUUUACUAGCUUUCUUUCAUUUAAUAAUUUUUUGCAUUGAGAAUCAUUUUUUUUUUCUUUGGGGAGUAAUUGGUUUACUAAUUUUCUUGACACUGAAACCAGAUCCUGCUCUUCAACACUGUAGUUGUAUCCUGUAUACAGAAUAACCAAGUUUUCAAGAAGCAAUCCUGCAAGGACACAAUGUCAUAUGACAAUGUGACUAUGUAGGAACUGAGAGUGAGUGCAGUUGGUGUUCGAGCACAAAUGAAAUGAGACUUUCUUCAUAGUAUUCGUAGCACCAAACAAUGCUACAGAAAAAAAUUACUAGGUAGAUAAGACCCCACAUUACCAUCGGUGAAGUUGCCGACUUCAUCCACCGCAGUGGCCGCAGCGCAAAGACUGCAGCCACCCAGGCCAGGGUUCUCACCUCCCCACUUCUUGUUUUUGUUGCAGCAGCAAGCAUAAUUGAUGCAAAUACAAUAAAAAAGUAAAUAUUGCUUAGGUGGCGAGCUGACACAUGACCUUGAAUUCGCCAGGCUCCUUGUAUAGGAGUCCAUGUAGGCUCACAGCUGCUUGCUGAUCAGCAUCUUAGCUCUCUGGUAAAUUUGCAUUUGCUGAUGCUUUUUGGUUAAAUUCAGAAAAAAAUUUGGCACAAUAUUUUUCAGCUUAAUGUGAAAAUGCUGAACCCUGCUUAUAAGCAGUCAAACUUAGAGCUAUGUGGCUUUUCACUUGUGUGUUGUGCUUCAUGCAGUUUUAUGUCAUGUUCAGUUGUGUGACUGCUUGUUGACGCCUAUUCUAGCAUUUUGUUACUGUAACUUUAUUUAGAUUUUAGCAAAUUUCAUAUCAGAGUGAACAAAGCAAAUAUUUGACUGCAAACGUGUUGUUCUUUAUCACCUAACUCACAAGUACUCAAUUCAGAUAAUUCAUAGCAUAUGUUGCAGCCAUCUACAUAUAUUUGUUUCUGAAUACUAUGAUUUACACAGCCCUGGUAACAUAUAUUGCACACUGCUAUAAAGUAAUAAUUUGGAAAGUUGCAUACAUAAAAAUUGUCAUAAUUGCUUUUUUAUUGCUUUAUUUUAGUUCUGUGAGAUACUGCUGUUUUGUCACUUGCUUUCAGAUUCUAUCGCUUGUGUAAUGGAAAUGUGAAGCUUUCUUAUACAUUUGUACAUAGUAGUGAUCAGAAGCCCAAACUGACAUAGUGUUGUUGUCACACAUUACAACAUCCAAACGGUUCAAGCCUGUACGUCUGUACGUCAUCUGUCUAAGGCAAUGCAGCAAUUUGCUACAGGGCACAGAAGGCAUACCUUGUUGGAAGCAGCUGCAUUUUAACAGUUGUACUUGGGAUUAUAGUGAUUGCUGUUCAUGCCGCACAUAAAGCAUUUUACCACUGCCUGGAAUAAAAUACCACUUUCCUUGCUCCAUAGCACACCCCUCAGCUGCUCUAAAUAGGUGAUGGCAGCCAUACACUGCACAUGUGCUAUAGCACCAGCUUCGUUAUGAUUUUGCAGAAGCCCUACACAUUACAGGUUUGUUGACUAUGCUACUCUGACCAACUCGUCAACCUAAUGUUAGAUUGUUUAAAUUGAAGGCAAGCAUGAGUCAAAUUCAAAGGUUCGCACAGGUUUACAAAGUCCUUCGAGACAGCUGGAAGAAAGUUCAACCUAUCCUAUUCAUGCCUGUCAAAAAAGGUGUGGCAUGCAGUCACACAGAUUGUGCUGUAUGUAGAAAACCUGGAGCGAUAAUUGUUAUUUGGCACAAGCUAGGAAGCAUCAAACCAUACUGAUAGGUUCUCAGGAUUAAGAUGACUAGGCAAUGCAUCUGCAAGGCUGGCAUUGUGCAGUUAAAAUUUUAUUGGAAACUAUGCUAAUGAUUGUCACUGUUUAUGCAUUAUUUUAUAAAAUAAUAUAAAUACUCCCACCCCAGCAAUUUUUCAUACUUGCCAGUUUAUUAUAUCUGUGCUUCCCAUACAUAUUUUCUCAAUAGACCAUUAGCAAUGUCGGAAUGGAAUUGUUAAAAAUCAGUCAACUGUGCAUGUGAUGACUAUGUGUCACUCUUGCUGUGUACUUGUGGCUGGUGUCAGAGGAAUAUAUGCUUUAUACUAUGCAAGUUCAGCUUUGUGUGCUAUUGCAUACAGUGGUGUACCUUUAAUCUUGAGAUUUUAAGAACUACAAUUGGAAUACUUCUCUCUAUUUAUGUAGUUUUUACAAGCAGUCUGCUUUCUCUGUGUGCGUGUAUGUCUGUGUGACUUGUCAUUUCUCUACAGAUAUUCAUAUGCACUUGCUGAUAUAUGCCACUGAGUCACAAUAAAGUGGCUCUGGACACAUCCUUUCAAUUAA